AUGUGGGGAAAACGCAAAUGUGGGGAAAACGCAAAUGUGGGGAAAACGCAAAUGUGGGGAAAACGCAAAUGUGGGGAAAACGCAAAUGUGGGGAAAACGCAAAUGUGGGGAAAACGCAAAUGUGGGGAAAACGCAAAUGUGGGGAAAACGCAAAUGUGGGGAAAACGCAAAUGUGGGGAAAACGCAAAUGUGGGGAAAACGCAAAUGUGGGGAAAACGCAAAUGUGGGGAAAACGCAAAUGUGGGGAAAACGCAAAUGUGGGGAAAACGCAAAUGUGGGGAAAACGCAAAUGUGGGGAAAACGCAAAUGUGGGGAAAACGCAAAUGUGGGGAAAACGCAAAUGUGGGGAAAACGCAAAUGUGGGGAAAACGCAAAUGUGGGGAAAACGCAAAUGUGGGGAAAACGCAAAUGUGGGGAAAACGCAAAUGUGGGGAAAACGCAAAUGUGGGGAAAACGCAAAUGUGGGGAAAACGCAAAUGUGGGGAAAACGCAAAUGUGGGAAAAACGCAAAUGUGGGAAAAACGCAAAUAUGGGAAUAACGCAAAUAUGGGAAUAACGCAAAUAUGGGGAAAACGCAAAUAUGGGAAAAACGCAAAUAUGGGAGAAACGCAAAGAUAG